AUGGCCGACUCAGCUUCACAGACUGCGACUGGUUAUGACCACCACAAUCUCCGUCAUGUUGUUAUCACAUCGACCUGCUUCGCCUUCAUCCUUUCUACUGUGGCAGUUGGAUUCCGUGUCAUCUCACGAAAACUUAAUGGAACUGGUCUAUACCUUGAUGACUUCUUAAUGAUAGGCGCUUUGAUUUUCGAAUAUGGGAUUUCUAUCGCUGGAGUUGUUUGUAGGUUUCACACAAUCAGUCCUAAACUACGUGCAUGGCUCACAAUAUUAACUUUUGCAGUACUCUAUAAUGGUCUUGGAACACAUAUCGUCUACGUCAAGCCUGAGCAGUUGGUUGUCUACUUGAAGACCCUCUUUACCGGCUCGAUCCUCUACACAUGCUGCAUCGCCUGCAUCAAGCUUUCAAUUCUCAUGCUCUAUAGGCGAUUAUUCCCCGUCAAGAGUAUGAAAAUUAUGGUCUGGAUUGUCUCCGCUAUCGUCGUGCUAUGGGCCUUUGGUGGUAUCCUGGUGGGCUGCUUCACCUGCAUCCCGACCGAGAAGCUGUGGCACCCUAUGAUACCCGGAGGCUGCUUGAACAUGGGAAAAUUUUACUAUGGACUCCAGAUCCCAAACAUUGUUACAGACGCAAUGAUUUUGUUCAUGCCUAUGCACACUGUCUGGAAGCUUCCCAUCUCCCGUGCCCAGAAGGUCGGCUUGUCGGGUAUUUUCGUUGUCGGAUUCUUGACUCUCGUGUUUGACAUUGUCCGUCUCGUUUCCCUUGUUCAACUUUCCGAGGCGGGCGAUGAUAUCACCUACACCCAGGUCAACCCAAGUGUCUGGACAUGCAUUGAGCCGGCCGUCGGUAUCGUCGCUGCCUGCUUGUCCAAUAUGCGACCCUUGUUCAAACUCAUGCAUGAAAGAGUCUGGUCGCGUUAUGUCUCGACGAAUGCUAGUAGCCGGGAUGAUUUCGCUGAGAAGAACAAGGAAAAGUCGUCUUGGACUCGCGACACGCCCAGUCCUAAUGGUACAGCUGUGCACACUUCUACAAGCACUACUCUCUCGAAUGAUGAGACUCGUCAUCCCGAUAGCCCGGCAUAA